CUCCUCGCUUUCCCCGUACCCCUCUCGAUCCGUUUACCUAUUCUCGAGUCAUCCUGCUUCAUCUACACAAUCUACCAUUCAACAUUACUGAUCCCCGGAAUCUUCAAACGUACAGAUUCUCAUCAUGGCUGCCAACCAAACCCUGACGUUCCAAAGCUCCGAUGGCGUCGAUAUUAGCGUCGAUCGCGAUGUCGCCGAGCGUUCUUUGCUCAUCAAGAACAUGCUGGAGGAUCUGGGCGAUGCCCACGAGGCCAUCCCCAUUCCCAACGUCAACGAAGCCGUCCUGAAAAAGGUCAUUGAGUGGUGCUCCUACCACAAGAACGACCCCCCCAGCACUGGCGACGACGAUGACUCUCGCCGCAAGACGACCGAUAUCGACGAGUGGGACCAGAAGUUCAUGCAGGUUGACCAGGAAAUGCUGUUCGAGAUCAUUCUGGCUGCGAACUACCUCGAUAUCAAGGGUCUCCUGGAUGUUGGCUGCAAGACCGUGGCCAACAUGAUCAAGGGCAAGUCCCCCGAGGAGAUCCGCAAGACCUUCAACAUCCAGAACGACUUCACCCCCGAAGAGGAGGACCAGAUCCGUCGUGAGAACGAGUGGGCUGAGGACCGCUAAGACGUCGCCUGCUCGAUGUCGCUACACCCUACUCCGACCGGCAGUCUGCAAUGCAGCGGAUUCUGACCGGUAGGAGAUGGGCCUGUCUUCACGAUGUCUCGACUUUUGUUUCCUCUUUCCACGUCUGUUUCGAUUCACGGCGUUCAAGGUUGAUUAGGUCUCAGCGACUUUGCGCGCUUUCGUCGCACUGCUGUCUCGGUUCCUUCGAGUUUCUUAGUUCCUUCGAGUCUGGGGUUGGUAUGGCUGGUUGGACAGGUGGUCUGAACGAACUUUGAUUCUAUGCCAUCUUUAAACCCGCGUC